GCGUCCGAUCGCGCCACAUCUCUGGGAAUUUGGUUUAAACUCGAGUAAAUAAAUCAAAAUUAUUUUCGCUUUUUACGCGUCGGUCAGGUUUAUUCUGAGACGCCCUUUUCGUUUAUUACUUGAACCUGUCGUGUUUGGUUUUUUUUUUUUAUCAGAUCCUGUCUGGCAACAGGCCUGUCUCCAUUCAUUUGCGUUCUUAUUUAACAUAAAUACACUCAAGGAUCAGCAGGUUUUUUUAUUCUCUGAAGAAAUCGUCCGGACAGUUGCUGUGUCUGUUUCUUUUUCUCUCACUGGAAGGAUUUCGCAGGCCUCCUGCCACAUCUGAAAGCAUGAAAAGCACCACUACCAGAACUGAGAUGGAUUAUCUGAACCAUGAGGAGGACAACAGCAGCACCAACAGCACUGAGUGCACCUACCAGGACUGCUCCAAGAAGGUCCAACUGGGCAGAGAAUGCCCUGACUUAGACGCAGAGAGUCAAAAGUUCCUCCCUGAAAUGAACACGGGGAAGAAGAAGUAUGAGACUGAAUAUCACCAGGGCAACGCCUCCUUCGGCAUGUCUGUUUUCAACCUGGGCAAUGCCAUCAUGGGCAGUGGCAUCCUGGGUCUGUCCUACGCUAUGGCCAACACUGGCAUUGCUCUAUUUGUGAUUCUCCUCGUGGCUGUUGCCAUCUUCUCCUUGUAUUCUGUCCACUUGCUGCUGAAGACAGCCAAUGAAGGAGGUGCACUUGUGUACGAGCAACUAGGCUACAAAGCCUUCGGGUUGCCAGGGAAACUCGCCGCUUCCUGCUCCAUCACCAUGCAGAACAUCGGAGCCAUGUCAAGCUACCUCUACAUCGUCAAAUACGAGCUGCCCAUCGUCAUUCAAACCUUUCUGGGAGCAGGCAAUGGGGAGUGGUACACUAACGGAGACUACCUGGUGCUAAUAGUGUCAUUCACCAUUAUCCUGCCCCUGUCGCUGCUCAAGAAUUUGGGUUACCUUGGUUACACCAGUGGUCUGUCCCUGCUCUGCAUGCUGUUUUUUCUGAUUGUGGUGAUCAUCAAGAAGUUCCAGAUCCCGUGCCCUCUGCCUUAUGAAAUCCACGAUCUGGCCGAAAACUUGACCAAGGCGCUGAACGCCACCUUGGCCCAGCUCAACUCCACCGCUGUGGACUACAGCGAGGAUGACUGCACGCCGAAAUACUUUGUCUUCAACUCACAGACUGUCUACGCUGUUCCCAUCCUGACCUUCGCCUUCGUGUGCCACCCGGCCAUCCUGCCCAUGUACGAGGAGCUGAAAGACCGUUCCCGUGCCAAGAUGCAGGGCGUUGCCAACGUGUCCUUCCUGGCCAUGUUCAUUAUGUACCUGCUCGCCGCCCUCUUCGGAUAUCUGACCUUCAACUCACACGUGGAGCCCGAGCUUCUGCACACCUACUCCAAAUUCUUCAAGUCCGACAUCGUCCUGCUGAUCGUCCGCCUGGCUGUGCUGACCGCCGUCACCCUCACCGUCCCUGUGGUGCUCUUCCCUAUUCGUACCUCCAUCAACCAGCACCUGUCCAGCUCCAAGGAGUUCAGCUGGAUCCGCCACACCAUCAUCACCGUGGUCCUGCUGGCCAGCACCAACUGCCUGGUCAUCUUUGUCCCCUCCAUCAGGGACAUCUUCGGCUUCAUCGGCGCCUCUGCUGCUGCCAUGCUCAUCUUCAUCCUGCCGUCGGCUUUCUACAUCAAACUGGUCAAGAAGGAGUCCAUGAAGUCUGUGCAGAAGAUCGGGGCCACCGCCUUCCUCGUGUGCGGCCUCGUGGUCAUGAUCGGCAGCAUGACCCUCAUCAUCCUGGACUGGACACACAACGCCACAGCCGCCGCAGACACACAAGGCAACGGACACUAGACACUCCACCUCUGCUGUCGCAGCCAGCCGGAGGAGAGGAGGACGCUGCCGCCGCUGGACUGUGGCGCCCACGCAACCAAUGAAGACCCUAGCGUAAAAGAAGAAAAACACAAGAACUCUACUUGAUGCUCGGCUUUGACUUCCUGAGCAACAAACCAUUGCCAUUCCCAGAGGAUGUAUCCAAACUUUGUACAGUAUGCUGUUAUAGGCCACAAGGAUUGUGUUCUUUAUUUUCUCUUUUUUUUAUCGUAGCUUUUUUUCAUUGUCGUUUUUGCUCGUUUUUACUCUUUAAGGUCUUUUGUUGUAGUUACUGGUACAGCUGAAAACAAAUAUUUGAAGGUGCCUCAUGACAGAAACGACAUCGUCAAAAAUGCAGCUCACGCUCAGGUGCGGCGCUACGUGUGCGCUCGACUGCAGCUGUGACCUCAGAGCUCGGCAUCAGAGUGGUCCUGCUGAGAGAAGUACGUGAACCUCCCGAAGAUCAACAAGAGGCUAAGGACUUGAACGGUUAUCCACCUCAUAGACAAUUAAGUUCCUUCCAACAUUUGUUUCUUUUAUUUUUUCCGUAUCGCCAAAAAGUGUAUUUGUAAAGCAUCUUUGUAUAUUGAAAAGCACUUACUGUUUAGCACACUUGUGGAAAACCAAACAAAAACAACUGAUUUGUGAGUGUUUUCGGGCGAGGCCUCCUACCAAGGCUCCGUGACCUUUCGUGUAGCGUCAGCUUUCCUUGUAAAACAUAGUGUAAGUCAACAAAACCUGCCUUUUCAAGCCCAACACUGGGAGCUGCAGAGUAUCUCACACAGGGAACUCGUCUCAAACUGUAUUUACUCUUUUCAAACCUGCUGAAGAUCCGGUUGGGAUGGCGCGUGCGGCGACACUACUGCUUCGAAACCCUGGAGGCCAGCGAGCCUUCGGUUCCUGUCCCCGCUGCGCCCCUGCUCCGGGGCCGGCGGGGAGGGAAACUGAAAAUGUUUUUUCUUUAUGGGAGAAUAGCUUGAAUUUGACCACAUGCAGUGGUUUUAAUGUACCUGUUAAACUUGCAAAAAAACGAACAAACAAAAAAACAAAACCUAAAAAAGUAGAAGUCACUUGUGCUCUUCGACACUGAGAAGCAAACGUGUAAAGAGACGGCGGAGGAGAGACCAGAUUUCCAGUGUUCUAGGUACGGUCGCACAGUUUUCUGCCGAGAAAAAACGAUUCACACUGAAGAACUUGAAAGCUCGACGUGGGCCAUCUACCCGUCGAGUCGUGAGCCUCGUGUGCUUCCAACACUAACUUAACACAUCACCAAACUGUUAUUGUCCAGCAUCUAUUUAUGGAAAAACAGUGAAAUCAAUGUAAUUUAAUCUAUUUUACUAUAUUUAUAUAAUAUUGUAUGUAUAUAUAUGUGUAUAUAUAUAUAUAUAUGUCUACUGAGUUCAACUGUAUAUAUGCUUUGUUUUUGUUUUUUUUGUUAUAACUUUUUUUUUAAACGAUAAUGAAUUUGAGCUGUAAAACAAAAAGUGCAAAGCGCCCGAAGCUGGUGAGAUUCGUGAUGUUUCAUUUGCAUUGAUGCAAACGAGCUCGCGCCGCUCGUCUCCACUGAGACUGACUGAAUUAUCCUGGAUCAUCCUUCUGUGUCGAGUCUGUGAAAACUGUUACAUGUGGAAACCACAGGGAGAGAGGGCAGCAGCAGUCUGCUUCAGUUUCGGCCUUUGAACAACAACCUGUAUUAGCAGAGCGCUCUGUGCGCCCGUGUUGGUUUAGAGACAACGUGAGCCGUCUCUUGACCUCAGGAGCAAAGAGGGCUUUGCCCACCAGUGUUACACUCUUGUUUCAAUGAAACACUAUGUAUAUCCUGUAAUUAAUGUCCAAUUAAAAUCAAAGAUAAUCUA